AUGAAGAAGAACGCAUCCACCGCGCUGCGAGUCCGCUGGUCUGGAAGCAUAAGGGGUGGUAACAGUCCCAACUACGGGUCUCGCUUUUACUUCACGUUCAAUGGGGCACCUUGCACUUGGCCUGCGGGUAUCGAGGCCGUAGAUUGGACUGGGGCUAACAGAGAUUAUUAUCUACAUACUGAAUUCGAAGGACUUUGUAACAAUAUUCCUGCAGGACCUAUUCAGAUUGGUUUCAACGUGGGAACACUGCCGGGUAUAACACGGCAGCCGUACCUAGGGUGGCCAACUUCUGGAAACCCCAAAAUAACAGCCGAGGAAGUCGAUCUGGGGGAGAACAAAGGAAUGUGUCCCCACCACACUGUGUUUAAUGUAAAACAACAUACCUUUGCCACGGCGGACACAGCUAGUGGGAUAUACAGCGCUUCGGUAUUUAGUUACACCAAACUGGCUCCCGAUACAUCUCUCCGAGUACGUUGGUUUGGGGCCUUAGGUGCAAAAUCCCAAAGUCCAGCACCCGGAUGUCUGCGAUUUUAUUUUACCUUUAAUGGAGAAGAGUGUAAAGCUCCCACUCCGAUAGAUGGAGCCAUUGCAUGGCUCACAAAUCCCAUCAUCCGAACGCAGACGACUCAUUCAAUUGAAGGGAUUUGCCAAAAUCUAGGCCAAGGAGAUUAUGCAGUUGCUUUGAAUGUUGGACAAUGUCUAUUUGGCAGCCUCAACCAAAUGGAUCCGGACCCUCGCGUCAAUGACGUCUCCAGGAUUAUUGUGGAGGAAGUUAGACUUGGGAAGUCACAGUUUGCAGAUCUACCUAAAGCUGCUCAACAGGUGUUUAAUCUUCGUCACUGGAACUGGUACAACCUAAACUUCACAGGUCUGGGAGAAAUCAAGAGCAUGAUCUACCCCAAGAUGUCCUUCGACAGUGGCCUGAGGGUCAGUAUGACAGCCACAGUGAUGACCAGUCAGUACGUAUAG